GGCCAACCCCUUCCCGCUGACAACGCUAGGAUAGCCAAAAAAAGCCCAGAGGGUUCGUGGAGCACUGGGAGGAGAGGGGGUUUGGUGUGGAAGCAGCAGAAAUGGCCAGCAAAGUGUUGGAUCUGUUAUACUGGCGAGAUGUGGGGACCACCGGGCUGGUGUUUACAGGUUUGGUUGUGGGUUUGGCUUGUUUGUUCCAGCUCAGUGCCAUCACGAUCCUGUCCAACCUCGGUUUAGGCAUUAUGGCCUUCACUCUCCCUGUAUGCUUGCUCUACAAAACCAUGACGCUUGUCCGCCUCAGUGAUGGAUCUCAUCCUUUUCAGUCAUAUUUGGAUGAGGACCGUACACUGACAGAUGAGGACACAGUUCGCAUAGCGGAACAAAUCGUUCUGCUGAUUGCUACGGCUGUCACCGAGUUGAAGAGGCUGUUCUUCAUCGAUAGCAUCAUGGACUCAGUGAAGUUUGUUGUGUUCCUGUAUUUGUUGACCUAUGUGGGGAUCCAAGCCAAUGGUCUCACGCUGUUGAUGACCGGUGUGAUAUGUGCCUUCUCUCUGCCGCUGUUGUACAAACUUCAACAGCAAAGGAUCGACAAGAUUGCCAAAGCAAUCAAAAAACUUGUAGAAAAAGGCACCGAAAUAGUUGAUCUUGUGAUUUCACUGGCCAAACCUCCACCAGCCCCAGCACCUUCCCCUGCCCCCACAGCAAAACAUAAACAGAAGACUAAAUGAAGAGGAGGGAGGGAGGGAGGGAGAGAGAGAGAGAGAGAGAGAGAGAUGGGGGUGAGGAGCAGAAAUGUGGAGUACAUUGAACAAACAAAGUCUUACACUGCAGCUGUAGCCCUGUGAGUUCAGCAGGGUUCGGGGGUUUGGGGGUUAUGAACGAGCGUUAUGUUUUUACAGUACAGUGCUAGGAGAUUCUUCAAUUGGUCUUCUGAAAAGAAUUAAUGUAUUAAUUUAACUCAAACUGUCAAACAGCUGUGUAAUAUUUAUAAUUAUUGGUUCGUUUUGCCUGACGAGGCUUUUUUUUCUACUGAUUUUCAUAGAAAAAGUUGAACCUAGUGACAGUUGCUAGUAUAUUUUUGUCCACUAGAGGGUACAAUGAGACCAUACAUUCACAGCAGUUCUGGGUCAGGACAGCAUGUUGCAGAAAUUCUGUCAUGUAAAUUUGUUUAAAAUUUUUGGAAAAUUACAAUUCCCACUGGGAUUGUCUAUAUAAUUAGGGUUUUAAUAUUUAAUACUUAAUGUUUCAAAUUACAGAGCAAUUCAAAACUAAUUUAAGUCACUUUAAACCAAGACAUUUUUUGCUUCCUUGUACGUCUUUUGUGCAACAUGACCCCCAGUAAACACACGUUUUCAAUGUUA